AUGACUUCCAGUCAGACGCGUGCAACCGUUUCUCCGCCGUCGUCACAGACGCGCAGAUCGUUUUUGUCCAGGUUAAAGUCGCCCUUGUCCUCGAAAUCUCGCAAUUAUACCGAAUUCUUCAUACAGUCCGACGACCCACACCGCCAGUACUCGCCCGGGGACAUAAUAAGCGGGACGGUCAUCAUCAAAAUUAUAAAGCCAUUGAGGAUCACACAUCUUGUGGUAUCUCUGCAUGGCUAUGCGCAGGUAUUCAAGAAUCCGAAUGCUCCGGGAGAUGGAUACAAGAACUACUGUACAACAGUCGGCUCGGGCAAGGGCAAGAAGGCGGGGAGCUACUUUGGUAAUGGGUUCGUUUCCCUUUUCGAGGAUGAGGUAGUAUUAUGUGGCGAGGGCAGGUUAUCGGAAGGCGUGUAUCAUUUCAAUUUCGAGCUGGAGUUCCCCUCCGAAGGCUUACCCAGUAGUAUUGACUUUGAGCGUGGUACAGUAUCAUACAUGCUUACUGCCACGAUGACGCGCCCCACGACCAUCUCGCCGACAGCGUCAUGCGACACAAAAGUAUAUCUCAUGGACACAAUCGACAUUGCGCCCAUACCAGACCCCAAGCCCCGCAUUGUCUCCUUGGAGCCCAUAUCAAGAAGAGCACGAGCAAAAUCGUCGCGAAAGCGACCAGUCACCAGUCCAACAGAUGGAGUCCCCCAGACGCCCAAUGGAUCGGAUGCUCCGCAGCUUGGAUCAACAUCAGAGGCGAAUGGCCUUCCCGAUGAGAAUGGGUCCCCACGGAGCCCAUCCCCUAGCGACGUGAGUUUCGAAAGUCAGAUGAGUAGUGGCACCGCGUCAGGAACGGAAUAUGGCGUGCGUUCCGUACACACUGCCACAGAUGGACUCUCCUCCCAGAACGGAAGUCGGACAACUUUGAAAAAGAAGACAAUUACAGCCACUGUCGACGUGCUGAAAGGCGGCUUCCUCAGAGGUGAUCAAAUACCUAUCAAAGUCACAGUAAAUCACACAAAACACGUUCGGAGUCUCAAAGGGAUUAUUAUUACGCUGUAUCGACAGGCAAGAGUAGAUAUGCAUCCUGCUUUACCAGUUGUACCGAACAGCAAAGCCGACAAGACCAAGUCUGAAGACUACUAUCCCAGGUCUAUGACAGGUCUGGGUGGCUUAUCGCUGUCAUCGGCUGGUUCGAGUCACCUCUUUCGCAAGGACCUAUGCCAGUCUUUCGCACCGCUCUUCGUUGACCCCAGGACCCUAACUGCAGAGAUCAAAUGCGCUGUGCGGGUACCAGAUGAGGCCUUUCCCACCAUCUCAAACGUGCCUGGAGCCAUGAUAUCCUUCAAGUACUAUGUCGAAGUCGUCGUGGACAUACAAGGCAAGUUAACUGGACUUGAUCGUAUGGUCGCCAAUGCCGGACUUGUGAACGUCCCCUCUGCCAGCGGAGGCCCGUCAGGGACAGCGCGAGACGACACUACUAGCAAUAUGUUUUCGACAUGGGGCGGCAAUUUCGUCGAUACAGAUCAGAUCCGACGGGAAAAGGGCAUAAUAUCCUCUCUAUUCGAGGUUGUCAUUGGUACCAAGGAUAGCGAAAGGAAUGGGAAGCGGAAACAGAUACAAGAGCCACAGCCAUACGCCCAGAUUGGCGCGCAUGAAAUUCCGUAUGAUGGCACAAAUCCAGAAGAUAGCUAUGAUCAGGACUACUAUGGAUACGACGAGAACGGGCAAUACUACGACUACAACUACGACCCUGCAUACUACGACGUUCCUGGAUACGAGCAGCAUAACGCCGGAUUGGGUGCUUCAGCUCACAUCACUCCAGCUCCUUUAGAAGAGGAACAAGGUCUAUCCGAAAAGGAGCGUAUGCGACGUGCAGAAGCGCGCUUGUUACCAUCCCAACCUCCAGACACCACUGGACCUGCAUCGCCGCCAAGCACCGUUCAGCGGGGUGUGCCACCCUCCGCUCCAAUAUUACCAGAGGAUGACGAUCCGAAUCCGCCCUACGUCGCAGCUGGAUCAGCAACAGCAACGCCCGCACAUCCACCUCCGCCUUUCCCUGUCGCACCGUUCCGCUCGUUGACAUCAGAUACUACGACAACCCAGCCACGACAACGAGAACCCCUUGAUAAUGAAACAAGGGUAACUACCACUGGCUCCUCGCUCACUAUCAACGGCCACCACCAAGAUUUGCCUAGCCCUCAAAACGUUAAUGGCGGUGGUUCUGAACAAUCGAAGCCUCUACCUCUGCUACCGCAACAGUCGCCCCAAGGAGCUUCAGGUCUAGCACCAGAAUACUUCGCUUCGUCGGCUUCCCAUGUUCAGGCAACGGAUGAUAAAGUCGAAUUGCAAAGGCGGAGGCUAGAGAUGGAGAGGAGUGCUCCUCCUGGAGAUUAUGAGGAAGAAGGAGAGUCGUCACACAGACCCUCCGCACCACCGGUCAACCAUGGGCAGAUUGUCGAUCUAGCUCCGUCAGCACCGAGACUGGAUGAUGAUGAUGAGGGCUUGGUCGGUGCCGUGAGACCAGGUAGGAGUACACAGACCAGUGCUCCAGAAGACAGGAGGCUCAGUGAAGCUUUACCCGAGUACAAAAGGUGA